GUCCCGUGGGGAGGAGACCAAUACUUUCCGCCGCUUACUUCUGCCUUAUAAAUACACUCGGGCUCUGUUAUAGAGCACGCGAAGUUGUGUGAUUGAGAGUCAUUCAAGAGGAGCAUCCCGCUCUAGUUACCGCAAGACCUCUCGUCCGCGAACAAGGAUUUUGUGUAAAAUUGUUCGUUUUUUUUUUUUUUUUUUUUUUUAAACAAAAAAAAAAUCAAAAACUGUUUGAGACUGACUUGGCUCUCAGCACUGGUUCGAGUCAUGCCGGACCUGAAGAAGUACCUCACAGAGGGCCUGAUCCAAGUGGCUAUCCUUCUCAGUCUGGCUGGGAUGCGUGUGGACGUGGAUCCCUACCUGCCCCCUUUAACCGAAAUCAUUCUGGGCCCAAAUUCGGCUCUAACUCAGACUCAGUUCCACAACCUCCGAAACGUCUUGGAUGGGUAUAACCUGCACCCAAAAAGCGCAGAUCUGGACGGGUUCUUCACAGCUCGCCGGCUUCUGAACUGGGUCCGCUCUCUAGACCGUCUGCAGGUGCCGGCGCCGGAGCUGGAGGCCUGGCUGGUCCACAGGGAGCCUGACACUGGGGUCUCCGUUCCAGCUCAGGUGGGCCUCCUCGAGGAAGGCGGAGGUCUUCAAGAUGUGGAGGAACCCUCAGAGCUAAGCAUGAGGUUGGGAAGCGGAGGAGAGCUGGGUUAUGAUGCAGCUGAGGAUCAAAUGCAGAGAAGCCUCAACCAUGCAGACGACGAUGAACCCAUUAAAGAGGAGGGAGAUGGUAUGUCUUUCUUCUGGGAGCAGGAACCUCAGCAAAAUGUCCACCAGGUGCAGCUGGAAAAUGCAAGAAGCCAAUCUCUCAGCUUGUUUGACGAGGAAGAAGAGCUCAUGGUGAACAGCUGGAGAAAUUCAAAUCCAUUUCACAACCAAAUGUUUGGAGGGGAUCCACAGCUGUCAGGUGUAAGGGACGACGCUUCUCUUUCCAUUGAUGAGUGCUUAAACUUCAUCGAUGCCGGCUUUCCCUCAGAAAGAGAUCCAGAGUUGACAGGUCCUGAUGUACAGAAUGUAGGGGAACAGGCACUUCCUGAGUUUCAGAGGCCAGUUAUGUCACCCUUGUUGCCUGAACAGGAAUCAACAACUUUAGAGCAACAGUGGCAAGAUGUUCUGGCCAUCAUGGAAUCACAGGACAUGGAUACAGCCGAAACAAUAGAUGAUUCUCCUUUCAGUGUCAGUGAUUCAGACAGAAACACUGGCUCAUUGGAAAACUUUAUUCAUCAGGAUGUUCGCCUUCCCCAAGCCACUCUGCCAAGAUCCACUGAAGCUCAAAACAGCUUCACCAUGGACGAAACCAGUUGCAUGAACAACAACUCCAUGCCGAACAUUAAUUCGGACACUUCUUAUAACGCAGAAGCUUUCGAAGACUCUGAUAUCAUAGACCUCCUCAUGACUAACGGGACUAGCCUGCCAAGCCCUAUAGAUCCUCUGCUUGAGGAAGCCAUGCUCGAUGAGAUUGAACUAAUGGAUUUGGCUCUGGAAGAACUGAGCCAGGUACAAUCUGAAGAGCAGAACCCAGCAGAUUCCGACUCUGGGUUAUCCCUGGAUUACAGUCAAAGCCCUGCUUCUCCUAGUGGAUCUGAAUCUUCCAAUUCCUCCUCAUCUUCUUCGUGCUCUUCGUCACUGUCCAGCCCAAGCCCUGGUUUGAUGUACGAAGGCGGCGCUGUGGGUUAUACUCAUAUCAAGGAAGAGGAUGGAGCUGUGGGCGGGUACAUGCCAGAACAAAGCAAAAUGUGUCAGUCAAGCUUUUUGGAAGCCAGACAGUUCCAUCGCCUUCCUUGGCUCGAGCACAUCGGACACGAUCAUACCUACAACCAACCCCAAAGCCAGAAGAAACCGCCAAAAGAUCUUUCCGACGAGUCGCCAAAAGACAAAGUUCUGGAUCAUCUAUCCGGCCGGGAUGAGAAACGUGCACGUUCGAUGAAUAUCCCGUUCUCCAAUGAACACAUCGUGAACUUACCCGUCGAGGACUUCAAUCGCUUGCUAGCCAAAUAUCAUCUCAAUGAGGCUCAGCUUACGCUUAUCAGAGACAUUCGCCGCAGGGGUAAAAACAAAAUGGCUGCCCAGAACUGUCGGAGGAGGAAGCUAGAUGUCCUGCUGGGAUUGGAGUGCAGUGUGGAUAGCCUGAGACGCCUCCGGGCCAAACUGCUCAGGGAGAAGUCUGAGAUCCUGCGCUCCAUCAGGGAGAUGAAGCAGCAUCUAAACAGCUUGUAUCAAGAGGUUUACGAGAGACUAAGAGAGGAACAGGGGCUGCUGUACUCUGACAACAACUUCAGCACCUGCCCUGUAACAUCACAGCGCAGAACAGACUCACACUCCAGACGCAAACUUAGCAAGAGACAAAAACACAAGAAGUGAGAUGGAGGACUCGUGCUAUGACUAGGCUCAGGAAAAAAUGCUGUGAAGUCCAACUGCUGGUUUUCCACAGUUGGGAAUUUGCACCAAGUAGGGUAUUAUUACCCAAGUGAUCAUACUUUAUAAUGUAUUGCACUAUUUAGGCACACAUAGGAACACAAAGUUUUGAUGCUAAAGGGCCACAUCAAGAGUUCCCCUGACCUUUUAAGCUAAAGGCCUUUAUGUACUCUUAAAAACUUACUGUAAUGGAGAGCAAUACCGCAGUUCGUGUGCACAACGCUAUUGUCCAUUUCACAUGUAAACGAGGCACAGCAGCAAGCAACAGACUGUUUAUUUCACAGAGAAGGUGAAAAAUUCUCAUUCGAGAAGCCGUUUCAGAUUUACGACACAAUAGGAAGAAACAUAUGAUUACAAGUUCUAUUUCACGUCCAGUUCAUGAACCAAACUGGGCUACAAGAACAUAAGGAGCGUCUGAAAUUGUUCCCGAAGACAUAAAACCAACAUUAUCCCAUGUUAUAGCAGAAAAUGGAAAAUUAUGCUUGGAAUCCGAGCACCGCCACAAAGUUUUAAUGGAUUUUAACUACUGCUAAAGGCCAAAGGACACCGCUUACAGUAGCUAUGUUUCCAUCCACCUUUUUUUUUUCAUGAGCAUUUUGGAGUAUUGCUAUGUGGUUUCACAAUGCACAAAAAUGUGCAUGGAAAACCAAAAACAGUGCAUGAACUAUGAUUUCACCACUCGUGUCAAAGAAAGCCAUGUGACUCCUUACGACACGGGGGCCGGGGUGGGGGGGUUAACCCGACUAACCAGCGGACCGAUCUCGUUGCACAGCAUUUGAAAUGUUGUUUUGGUUCUGAGAUGCUUGAGCAAAGGCUGUCAUCAAAGUAUUUCUGUAUAUAUUUGUAUUACACCACAGUUAUUGUGUUUCGCCUGUUCGCCGUGAGGCACAAAGAAUCAUAUGAAAAGUAUUAUAUUUAGUGGCUUUACCUACUUUUCUUAGUGAUAGGCUAUUAAGUGCCAAUUUAUCAGGAAUUGUCGAAUUUGUUAUCUUGGACUCAAUGGAUGCAUUAUUCACAAACGUUAUAUGCAACUCUUGUUAAAUGCGAAUCUUCGGAUGGAAUCAUAACUAGUGUACGUGACGCAAAUAUUCAUCACCAAAAUACAAUCAGCAUACUUUACAUGCGGAUCACACAUGCGCAUUGCCUUGGUUUUGCACUAAUCAGUUGUUCCACAAGGUGGCCUGUUUCACAGUAGAAAAGGAAACUGAAAGAGGUAAAAAGGAAAAAAAGAAAAAAAAAGACCGCAACAACAGAAGCGCUGGUUUGAGAGUGUUAUAAGAGAGCUACAACUUUAAAAAAAAAAAAGUACAAAGACAUUUUAUCGGUCUAAACUUCAGGAGAAAAAAAAAAGCUUUCUAGAACGCAUGUUAUUUGAUAAAGAGUAUGCUUUGAAAGACUACGUGUUCAACUACGCAAACAAAUAGAAACGGUACAAAAAAAGUGAUGGUUUGCCACCUCAUUAUAGAGCAGCUUCAUGCCACGUGAGCUUAAUUUUGUACUAACAUUUACUUAACAAAACUGUAAAGUAUUUCUGACCCACAAUAUUUUGAACGAACGGGAGUUCUGUGGUUGAGUACAUGUAGUUUUAUUAGAAUUUAUGUUAGUUUAACAAUUCAUUGCUGAUUUUUUUUUAUAACAUCAUCUGGAUUUGAUUUCAUGUUUUAAAAAGCCUUGUAAAUAAUCUUUUUAUAUUCAAUUGUUUAUGUACCUUGUGUUAAAUAUUUUGCAGUGAAUUCAUGUUCUUGGUGACAAGCUGGGAUUGUUCUUGCUUCAAUUAAAAUAUUUAUUGUA